AUGCUGAAAGCACUUACUCUGUUUAACGUGAGCAACAACUACUUGUCUGAUAACAAUUUCCCCACCAAGAUAUGCCGUAUGGAUGAGUCGACGCAGGUGGACAUCUCAGCCAACUGCCUCGGCGAACCCUGUUACUUCUCCGCUGAACAGCGGUUACCAGAGCAGUGCUCCCUCUUCUGUGGCCUCUCGCCGCCCUGCAGUGACGCCUGUGGUGGCCAUGGGUACUGCUACUGGGAUGGGGAUCCUGGCUCUGCAGCAGCAGCAAUGCAGGCCAAGUGCGUGUGCGACGAAGGGUUUUCUUACGUGGAGGAUCGUGGGGCGUGUGUUGCCAGCGGCGACGGCAUUACUCUGUGGCAUGCCUCCCAGCUGCCUUUCCUCGCAGAUCUGAGGUGCUGGUACAGGUCUGACCACGUCCCAGCCUUCAAAGGCUGGCAGGCAGGGGAUAACUGCACGGCUGCAGAGUCGCUCACGUGUGACGAAGAUGGCAUGGUUACGGAAUGGAGAAUCCUUGCUGAUGACAAUUUUGAGUACGGUGAAGUACCCGAGUCCAUUGGCCUCCUGUCAAGGCUAUCUGUCAUAGACAUAGCCAACGACAACGAUGACUAUCGCAUGUCUGGUACUUUUCCACAAUCCAUUAGUCAGCUGACCAACCUUGUCAUGCUAACGGUAUCAAAGGCUGACUUUCAGGAAAGCAUUCCGUCAGGGAUCUUCACUCUUCCACACCUCACCCACAUUGUCCUUUUUGAUGCAUUUACUGCAGGGUCAGUGCCUGCAGAGGUUUCCAAGAUGACAUACCUGCAGCACCUGGAUCUCAAUCGCAAUCGUCUCCUUGGCACUUUUCCUGGGCUCACAGGCUUGGUUCAGCUCACCUACCUGGAUCUUAGUCGCAAUCGCUUUUUCAGCACGUUUCCUGCGGUCACACGCUUAGUUCUGCUCGAAUACCUAGACAUCUCAUACAACUACUUAACAGGUUCCAUGCCAAUUGUAGCUGAAUUGAGCAACGUGACAUACCUCUCUCUACGCAACAACUACUUUUGGUCGGGGGCGAUUGCAGAGAGCAUCUGCAUGAGCGCCUUAGUGGAUGUGCGGAGCAACUGCUUUGCCCAGAAUGCAGUGCCGUGCCAGUUGGGGGACGAGCAGGUUGCAGACUGUGUCAGCUUCUGUGGAAUGAAUGCGCCCUCUGUUCCCCCCUGUAACGGCUAUGGCCAUUGCGUUGGCAACGGGUUGUGGAAUUCUGCCUGGGGGGAGGAGGAAUUGCAGUGCCAGUGCUUCGACAAAUACGUGUACGGGCAGGACGAGAUGACCUGUGUUUCUGUUCUGGAGAGCUCUCAGGCACAAGUCUUGAAAAGCCUGCUGGCGCUGUGGAGUUCAGACCCGUCUGGACCGUGGCGUUCAGAAUCCCUGGCCUCACUCCUCCGCUUUGUCUCUCGAGAUUCUGAAGAGUUCAUAAUCAGUCUUUCCUUAGCAAACCAAGGCUUGUCUGGGAGCAUACCAUCCGUUUUGUCUCAACUUACGCGCCUUACAUGCCUAAACCUGUCCAGCAAUGCGUUCUCAGGAGAUGUUCCGGAUUUCCUUGGCAGCUUCCUCAACAUUGAGACCAUGGACCUGUCGUUCAAUCAGCUCUCUGGGUCGAUCCCAUCCUCCUUGAGCGCCCUGGAGCACCUUCGCACGCUGAACCUGAGCAGCAACUACCUGUAUGAAGGCGAGCUGCCUACCGCCAUGUGCACCGCCACCUCAUCCGCCUCACCGCUCGCCCUCUCCCUGCAAGACAACUGCUUCCCCUCCGACGCCGUCCCCUGUGCCCUCCCCCACGACCAGCGCCCCGCCCUCCAAUGCUCCGCCUUCUGCGGCCUCUCCCCUCCCUCCACCCCGCCCUGUGAUGGCCUUGGCUAUUGCGUUUGGAAGGUCGAAGAAGGGGGGAAGGCUGCAGGCACUGCCACGUGUGUGUGCGGGGAGGGGUACAGCAUUGGAGCUGAUCCCGGCACGUGCGAUCCCCCACUCUCAGAAACGGACUGGAGUGUUCUGAAGUCUCUCACCGCUGCGUGGGGAGGCUUUGAUGGCGAGGGCACGUGGGGGGAGAGUGGCGUGUCGUGCGAGCGCAUGAAUUUCAUCACAUGCGAUUCCACCAACCACAUUGAGACGCUCAACGUGUCAGGGAAGGGGAUCCAGGGGCUCAUUCCAGAAGCCAUCAGUGGUCUCGAGACCUUGCGUGUGCUGGAUUUGUCGGGGAACUACUUGACUGGUUCACUGCCGCGCUCUCUGAUCAGUCUGUGGGACCUUGAGAUUCUAUCUGUGAACAACAAUUACCUCUACUCUGGAAAUCUUUCCAAGUCAAUGUGCAACUUCGUUACCCUCUCCCUGCAAGACAACUGCUUCCCCUCAGGCGCCGUCCCCUGUGCCCUCCCCCACGCCCAGCGCCCCGCCCUCCAAUGCUCCGCCUUCUGCGGCCUCUCCCCUCCCUCCACCCCGCCCUGUGCUGGCCUUGGCUACUGCUUCUGGGAGGGCGGGGAGGCCACAGGCACUGCCACGUGUGCAUGCGAGGAGGGGUAUGGCGUAGGAGCUGAUCCCGGCACGUGCAUCACACUGUUGCCAACGCCAUCAUGGCUGGUGCUGGACGCUCUAAAAACGGCUUGGAGAGGCUUUGAUGGUGGAGGCACGUGGAAGCAGAGCACCCCGUGCGAGCGGCUGAAUCAUGUCACGUGCAACGCCAACAACUACAUAGUGGAUCUGAAUGUUUACGGCCAAGGCAUAGAAGGGACCAUCCCGAGUACCAUUCAAGGCCUGGUGAAUCUCACGGCUCUCAAUCUGUCACACAACGCCAUAGCGGGGCCGAUUCCUUACUCCAUCAGCAGUCUGCCGCGCCUUCAAGUCCUGGAUUUGUCAUACAACCAGCUGUCUGGGGAAUUACCAAGGGGACUCAGCAAGUUGGAAGGGCUACUCACACUCUCUCUGAGAAGCAACUACCUGUAUGGAGGCACACUUCCCACCACCAUGUGCGCCUCCUCCUCCUCCUCCUCCUCCUCCUCCUCCUCCUCCUCCUCCUCCUCCUCCUCCUCCUCCUCCUCCUCCUCCUCCUCCUCCUCCUCCUCCUCCUCCUCCUCCUCCUCCUCAUCCUCCUCCUCCUCCUCCUCCUCCUCAUCCUCCUCACCGCUCGCCCUCGCCCUGCAAGACAACUGCUUUCCCUCCACCGCCGUCCCCUGCGCCCUCCCCCACGCCCAGCGCCCCGCUCUCCAAUGCUCCGCCUUCUGCGGCCUCUCCCCUCCCUCCACCCCGCCCUGUGCUGGCCUUGGCUACUGCUUCUGGGAGGGCGGGGAGGCCACAGGCACUGCCACCUGUGCAUGCGGGGAAGAGUCAACAACAGGAGCCACUUACGACACCUGCAACGCCAUGCUUCCAAAUUCAGAGUGGGAAGCACUGAAAGCACUGACGGCCGCGUGGCAAAAGUAUGAUGGGAGACGCACGUGGAGGCGAGCCAAUAAAUGCGCCGACAUGGCACACAUCACUUGCGGCAGUGACAACCAUGUCAUCAGCCUGGAAGUGGACUCUGUUCAAGUUUCAGGCAGCAUACCAGCACUUAUUGGGAAUCUCGUCAAUCUUACCUCAUUGGAUCUCUCCAGCAAUAGUCUGAAAGGCAGUCUUCCAUCGACCAUCACAAAGCUUACUAAUCUUGUCAAGCUGUGCCUGCCAUACAACUUGUUCACAGGUGAUCUGCCAAAUGCCAUAUCAGCGCUGCAACGACUCAAGACAUUGGAUCUGGGAGCCAACGCAUUUACAGGGCAGAUCCCAACAGGAGUGUGUGCCCUCACGAAUCUGACCUUCUUUAUUCUCGCUGACAACAGCUUCACCGGGUCCCUUCCUGACUGCAUCACGAAUCUGACAAGACUUACUAUGCUAGCUCUGCAGCGCAACCAACUGUCCGGACAGCUGCCCCCCUCCAUCCAUUCACUCAAAAAGCUUAAGGUUUUGGAUCUAAGCUACAACAGGUUCUCAGGAAGCAUACCUUCUAAUCUCACCUCGCUGACAUCUCUUAAUAGAAUCCACGUGGACAACAAUCUACUCACGGGAGCCUUGGUACCGCUGCCAGCCAAUGUCACUUUCACUGCAACCGCAAACUACCUCUCCGUGUCUCGCUCUGAGCCCAAGUCCUGCAAACAAAGCCUUUACAGGGACAACUGCUUCACGUUCAAGAAGCGUUUCAAGAAGCUGCCUUCUGCAUGCUUCAAGGUCCGCCAGCGGCCCAUGCGUGAAUGCGCGCCGUUCUGCGGCCUUUCCAGCAAAAGCCAUCCCUGUGGGGGGCUUGGCACGUGCGUUGUGAGAGGCGCUUCUGAAAGGCCGGAGUGUGUGUGUAAAGAAGGAUACAUCCAAGGGGAGUCGCCAGCCACGUGCAUUCCUGAAGCAAAGGGUUACCCUCAAGACACCACCCUCAUCGAAAGCCUGCUCACCCUCACCAACCGCACUGCACCGUCCCGUGGAUCUUUUUUUUCUGAGAAUCCCGUCAAGCUCUUCUCGUAUGAAACCAUCGGAGGUCGCUGCGGGCGGCAGUUCUACUUCAAGGCUGCCUUCUCCUUCAUCAUGUUUCCGGGAGCCGGAAGCACCGGCGGCAACGGCCUCGCGUUUGUCGUCUCCGCGACGAGCAAGACCGCGAGUGAGGUUGACAGCAGCGCGGGAUUCAAAGGCAUGGACCGGCGCAGCAUGGCAGUGGAGUUUGACACGUGGCUGGACGAGGAGAGCGGAGACACAAGCGCAAGCCACGUGGGCGUGAACCUGAGCGGCAGCCUGAUCUCCAGCGAGACUGCCAACACCUCCGAUGCGCUGAACAACCGAAAGUUGUUCUCCGCGUGGGUGGAGUACACACCAGAGGAGAAAGAGAGCCUGAAAGUGUUUCUUUCAUCGGCGUUCGGUGCUCGCCCGGACAAGCCGCUGCUGUCGAUGGAGCUCUCUCUCUGCGAGUUGUUGAAGCCCUCGCGCGCGUCCUCCUCGUUCUACUUUGGCUUUGUGGCUGCGUCACUUGAGCAGGCGCAAGAGCACGCUGUCGGCAUGGCAUCCGUUGAAACAGGAUACUUCAAGCCUCCCCCGCUCCCAGGUGUCAGAA